GAGCUGCCGUAGUGACGUCACCAAGAUGGCGCUGCCCUUGCUCCGGCGUGCGGUGGUGUUCCGGUUGCGGAGAGGACACCGGGCUGUGAGCACCGAGAGCCAUGCCGGGGCCCAGGGUCCCGCCUCCCGCGUCUUCUCCGGCAUACAGCCCACCGGGAUCCCUCACCUGGGCAACUACCUGGGCGCACUCCAGAGCUGGGCGAAGCUGCAGGACGAUUUCGGCUCGGUGCUGUACAGCAUUGUGGACCUGCACUCCAUCACCGUCCCCCAGGACCCGGCCACCCUACGGGAGAGUGUCCUGGACAUGGCUGCCUGCCUGCUGGCCUGCGGGAUAGACCCGGAGAAGAGCAUCCUCUUCCAGCAGUCUCUGGUGCCGGAGCACGCCGAGCUCGGCUGGGUUCUCGGCUGUGUGACGUCCAUGCCGCGGAUCCGUAACCUUUACAGCUGGAGGAUAAAAAGUCAGACUCAGAAGAACGAAGGCAGCGUCGGGCUGUUUACUUAUCCUGUGCUCCAGGCGGCCGACAUCCUCCUGUACAAGUCCACCCAUGUUCCGGUUGGAGAUGACCAAUUGCAGCACAUGGAGCUCACUCAGGACACAGCUCGGAUCUUCAAUCACCGAUACGGACAGCUUUUUCCCAUUCCCAAAACGCUGACGACCGACUUCAAGAAGAUCCGUUCCCUUCGGGACCCCGCGGCAAAGAUGUCCAAAUCCGACCCCCAGAGACUGGCCACGGUGCGCCUGACAGACCCGCCGGACGAAAUCACACUCAAGUUCCGCAAGGCGGUCACAGACUGUACCUCCGAGGUGACCUUCGACCCCGAGGGCCGCCCGGGGGUAAGUGACCCACACACGCACCCGACCAUCCACAUGAUGGUUCAUCAGACCCGACCACCUUCCUCCAUUGCUCCGUGCUCCAGUUCUGAUGCUCACGUGACCGUUGAAGGUGCUUUUGGUGGUGGACACGUGUCAGCAUGGGCCCCCUGA